UCGCACAGCGUGGGUCCAGACGGGAGCGCGUUAAGGGUUAAAAGCGCGCUGCAUGGAGUCUGUGGGGCGGAGAUGAGGGGUGUGAUUGGAGCGCUACCCAUGAUGUCAUGUACAUGAAAAAGCCAAGAAGUAGUUAAGAAGGCGGCUUGUAACUCUGGAAAGAGUGGGUGAACCUCUAAGGCGCAGAGCGAGCAGACGCACGCGGGUGAUAUUUUGGACUGACAACACACGGCAACGGCACCAUGGUGCAGCAAACGGACAACAGCGAAACGGACAGCAUGUCCAGAGAAGCCACCGACUCCGACGAAAGUGAAUUCAUGGUCUCGAUAAACCCAGACUGGUGCAAGACCGCGACCGGACACAUAAAGCGACCGAUGAACGCGUUCAUGGUGUGGUCUAAAAUCGAGAGGAGAAAGAUCAUGGAACAAUCUCCAGACAUGCACAACGCCGAGAUUUCCAAACGCUUGGGGAAGCGCUGGAAAAUGCUGAAGGACAGCGAAAAGAUACCUUUCAUCAGGGAAGCCGAAAGACUCCGCUUGAAACACAUGGCUGAUUAUCCCGACUACAAAUACAGACCCAAGAAGAAACCAAAGCUGGACAGUUCCUCCAAACCCUCAGCACCAUCUCCAGAGAAGUCCUGCAACAAAAUGUCCAAGAGCUCCAAGAAAUGUCCCAAACUGAAAACGAGCAAGACGGGGAGCAAAUCAUCUCACGGCUACGGAGAUGAGUACGCGUUUAAGAGCAUGAAAGUUUCAAAGACUGUCAUUAAAAGUGAAUUCACGGAUGAAGACGACGACAUCGACUCCGAGGAGGACUCUCGAGUCAGGGUGAAGGAGGAGGAAGAGGAUCCGAUCCGAGCCUACAACGUAGCGAAAGUUCCCGCCAGCCCAACUUUGAGCUCGUCCACGGAGUCCGAGGGCGCCAGCAUGUACGAGGAGGUCCGGAACAACAGACUCUUCUACAACUUCAAAAACAUCACCAAGCAGAGCACAAUGUACCCCGCAUCUGUCUCACCAGCAUCCUCUAGGUCAGUUUCCACGUCUUCCAGCUCUAGCGAAGACGCGGACGACUUGCUUUUUGACUUCAGUUUGAACUUCGCCUCCUCCGCGCAAAGCUCGGAGCUGGGCAACCCAAAUCCAGGGAAUCUCUCCCUCUCUCUGGUGGAUAAGGAGUUGGAGUCUUUUAGCGAGGGCAGCCUGGGCUCCCACUUUGAAUUUCCAGACUAUUGCACGCCUGAGCUCAGCGAAAUGAUAGCUGGGGACUGGCUGGAAGCGAACUUUUCUGACUUGGUUUUUACAUACUAAAUAAAAGACAAGUCCCAAGUAAUAACACACGGGAGAGGUAUAAUGCUCUGUUCUGUACGUAUUUCUUUCCCCUGCCUUCUUCUGGUGGUCCACCUAUAGGGGAUUUGAUAAGGAGGCGAGUAUGGCAAGCCUUUUAAACAUUUAUUUCAUUAAACGAUUUAGUAUCUAUGCUCGUGUUGUUAGUAUCGAUUAUUUAAUUACGAGGAAGUUAUCUAAAUGUGACUAGUAUUUAUUUACUUUUUAGUUUCAUGUGCUAUAGUCACUAUUCCAGUACUAACAUUUUUUUUUUUUUUACCUCACUUGUUACACUAGUUUACAUAAGUAAUCAGGCAUAAGUAAUCAGAAUAGCUUCUUUAUAAUUCAAUUUAAAAUGCUACUAGUAACAGUUGAAAAACCACAAGUGUCUAGCAAAUAUGUACUAGUGUAUUUUCAAUGUUUUUAAUACUAAUAAAACUGGAAUAUUCUCUAAAUAAUAAUAAUAAUAAUAAAAAACUACUAGCAAAAGAAUAAGUAUUAGUUUGCAAUUAAUAAGUACAAGUAUUUGAGUAGCUGCAUAUAUAUAUAUAUAUAUAUAUAUAUAUAUAUAUAUAUAUAUAUAUAUAUAUAUAUAUAUAUAUGCUAGUCACCAUUGGAUUACUUACUAGUAAUUAAAAAAAUAACUACUAACUACAAAAAAAAUAGAUACUAGGUACUUUGAAGGAAUAAAUGUUAAAAUGGCUUGCCAUAGGCGGGGAGAGGUUUGAGGAAUUAGAUGCUCAUGAAGCUGGUACUGUAGCAAAAAAGAAAAAAGUCUGCAGACGUUUUUUUUUCUGGCAGCAUGACAGGGUUUUAUGGAUUUUUCUGUAGGUCUACAAUUACUGUUCAACUAAAGCGGACCACAAAGGGAAAAUCUGAGAACUUCUAUGCAUCUUAUACCCUCUUUCUAACUGCAGGGAGCUGAAAAUGUAAAGACUGUGGACUGACUCAAAGCAAAUCUGUGAACUAUUAUUGUUCAGGACGUUUCUUUCAAACGUUGUUUAGUCAUUUCUAAAUGCCGGAACUUUUUCUUUUUAAAAUCUUUUUUUUUUUUUUUUUUUUUUUUUUUUUUUGGAAACUGAUUCUGUUUACCUACUGGUUUGAAACUUAAGCAGCCUAAACCUCCUUAGAGUUGCAGGUGUUAGAGGAAGCAUUUUGAUACAUAACAGACCUCAUCUUUUUAAAAGAAAGCAAACUAUUUUCAGGCAUAUUUUUGUACAGUUAAAAAGGGAAUGUUCUUACUGGGCACUCAGUGAGUUUCAGGCACUUCUUCCCUUUAUCAUUUGUGUUAAGCAUGCAAGGGAGUCCUGGUUUAAGGAUUAAGUUUAAAUUAAAACUUGCAUCAAAAAUGCCUUGUGAUUUUAAGCUAGGUUUUGUACAGCUGUAGAUCAAAUUUGUUGAGUAUUUGUAGAACAUAUGGCAUUGGGGAGGGGGGAGAUGCAUACCUCAGUGCUGGUAUUAGUUUCAAGAUUGUAUAUGUACUGUAAAAUAGUAAAGUUAGGAGUUUAUGUAUAUCAUACUCGUGAUAUGUGGAUGGGUCCCAAAUCGCAGGUGUGAGACUGGAUUUUUUUUUUCUUUUCUUUCUAAUGGCACAUACUGUUUCCCCUUCAUUUUUUUGUGCAAUAUAUUUACUUGUAAAUGCAGACCAUCUACAUUUUUUUUUUUUUUUAUUUGCAAUUUUUGUAGCAAAAUGAUGGACAGGCAGACUUUUGCUCUGUCAACAUCAUUAUUUGUCAUGAUGCUGAAGUCAUUGAUGAAUAAAGAAAUCAGCUGGAACUGAUCGUAACUGAA